AUGGAUUAUUUCAAAUUUCAACAAAUUUUUAUUAUCGUAUUAAAUUUAGCUGUUGUUUGUAAAUCAACCGCUCAACAACCACCUCAUAUAAUUACAAUACUUAUUGAUGAUCUGGGUUGGACGGAUACGGGUUUUCAUGGAUCUGAUCAAAUAAAAACCCCAAAUAUGGAUGCUUUAGCAUAUUCAGGUAUGAUUUUAAACAGGCAUUAUGUUUUACCCAGUUGUACUCCAUCGAGAAGUGCUUUGCUUACAGGAUUAUAUCCAAUCAGAACAGGAAUGCAAGGUAUGCCAUUAAAAGGAGGAGAUGUUAGAAAUUUACCACUGUCAUUUAAAUUAAAACCAGAAUUUCUUAAAAAUCUCGGUUAUCGUACCCAUUUGGUUGGAAAAUGGCAUUUAGGUUAUAGAACGAUAAACCAUCUUCCAAAUCAGAGAGGUUUUGAUUCAUUUUUCGGAUAUUAUAACGGAUACGUUGAUUAUUUUAAAUUCGGACAUAAUCAAACAGUGGCCGGAGAAAAAAUUGAAUAUUUUUACGGAUACGAUCUUCAUCGAAACGGAGAAAUUUAUCAAACGGAUAAGGAUACAUAUGCCACAAGAUUAUUUACAAGAGAAGCAGAAAAAAUUAUUAAAAAUCAUAAUGAGUCAGAACCUUUGUACCUGUAUUUUUCCCAUUUGGCAACCCAUACAGGAGAUGAUGAUAUCGGUAUGGAAGUACCUGAAGAUGCUGACGUAAAUAAAACUUAUGGUCAUAUUAAACAUUAUGGACGAAGAGCAUUUGCAGGUUGUUUGGAAGAAUUAGAUAAAUCCGUUGGAGAAGUUAUGGAAGCAUUAAAAGAAAAAAAUAUGUUGGAUAAUUCAAUCAUUUUGAUUAUGUCCGAUAAUGGUGGUCACACUGUUUCUGUUGAUUUGCCGCCAAAUUGGAGUUCGAAUUGGCCUCUUGGAGGAACGAAAUUUACACUGUUUGAAGGUGGUGUUCGAAGUGUGGCAUUAAUAUGGAGUCCUCUUCUUCCAAAAGGAGUUAUUAAUGAUGAUUUUAUACAUAUAACAGACUGGUUGCCGACAUUGUAUUCAGCUGCUGGAGGGAAUCCUAAAGAGUUAGGAAUAUUUGAUGGUAUAGACCAGUGGGAAGCAUUAAAAAGAAAUUCAGCCGUAGCCAGAGAAAAUAUAUUAUUAAAUAUAGAUGAUAAAACUGGAUCGGAAGGAGUAAUAAUUGAAAAUCGUUGGAAAGUAUUAAAAGGAGGAUACAAAACAUACGGUAGUUAUGAUUUUCAUUGGGGAAAACCAGAAAAUAUACAUCCUAAUCCAAAAUACGAUCCAAACGAUAUAAUUAAUUCUCAAACCGGUCAAAUUGUAUCGAAUUUAAAACAUUAUAAAAAUUCAUUAAAUCAUAGCAGUAUAGAAACGUUGAGAAAAAAAUCAACCGUUACUUGUCAACCUCUUGUUAAUAACAUACCCAUGAACGAUUAUGGAUUCAUCGAACCAUCUCCCGAAGUUCGUUGUAAAGAUUUUUGUUUAUUCGAUAUAAUUAACGAUCAAUGUGAAGUGAAUCCCGUUGAAAAUAACGAAUUAAUUAAAUUUGAUAACGUCGAGAGUCGAACGUGA